AUGUAUUAGAACGUGAUUUAAGGAAUACCAGUAUGCAUGUAUAACCUAAUUUUAACACUUUUAGGGAUCAGAACUCUACUUUCUAUUCCAAAAAAAAUAUUUGUGAUUAUGAAAAUUAAGUAAUAGUCAAUAAGUAAAUCUCAACAUUAAUCUUAGAUAACUUCCCUAAUGGGCUAAUAAUUAAGAAAAAUAGACAGAAAUAUAAUGUUAGUUUUGUAAACGUCCAAUCAUAACUAUAACAAAAUAAAGAAUUGGAAAAGGUUCUUUAGUAUGUUCAUUCAUUUUAAUCUUAACCUUUCCAGUAUUGUUCUGGUUGCCUUGCUAUAAAGAAUCUUGCUAAGAUGUAGUUCAUUUGUGUCCUAAUUGCAGCCAUCUAGUUGGUGAAAAGCUGUAUAAACCGUGUUCUUGA